GCGACAGACAAGUCACGUUUACAGUUAGUACAUACACCAAAGCUCGAUGUUCAUUGGUCUGAUUUUGCAAUUUCCAUUGACCCAUCAACAUCAUGGCGCAGUCCCAUUAUGCAGCCGCCACCGCUGUCACGGCUAAGAUCUCGGUCCAUGUGCAUCGCAGCUUGGAAGUCGCCAAGCAGUCGAAAGUCGUGGUCAAAUUUCACUGUGACGAGGCCCCGCCGCCGCCGACUCGAGCCGGGGCGUCUCGCUCUGAAACCAUCGAGUCGCUGAAGGCCGCGGCGUUGCCGGAAGUCGAAUCCAUUUACGAGCCCGUUGUUUCGCUGGCACUCACCAAAAACGAUGACAAACCAGUCGAGGUGUCAAUGAGCUCGACCAAUGGGGGCUCGAGACGAUCCAAGCGCCGGCGCUGUCGGUGUCUGAUACGCCCACGAGUAGUUCAAGUCUAA